AGGUCGGCUGCUGUGAUCCCGGCGUCACUCUCGGCGAGCAGGGUGACGGACAAGGCCGCAAGCAGCGUGACGCUGAGUGUGUGUGUGUGUGUGUUUGUGUGUGUGUGGCCAUGGAGGUGGAGGUAUGCUGCAGAAGCACUAUUAGCAGGAGCAGUAGCAGCAGAAGACGCUGCUGGCGCUUCAUACGGGGAGGGCGCUAGGGCUCAACACCACUGCUGACUAAGGAUCUCAUGUUGCGACAGGGAGUUGCGUUGAAGAGCGUCGCAGCAAGCAACGCGUUAGGUUCAGAGUAGUGAUGACUCGGGCAUAUUUGUAGCCUUGGGGUCGAGGAAUGCGGUCGGUGUGUUUGGAUGCCCCGCGACAGUGCUUAGAUCCUGGAGUGACGCGCAGCGUGUGAGGAAGAACACAGGGUUGCGCGCUGUGCCCGGUGUGUGAAGAGGCAUUGGUCUGCGUUUACUUGCGCGUAGGUUUGUUGCAAUAUCUUUGUCGUUUCACUUCGAGUCGGAAGGAGCUUGCAGCGUGUGGCGCUUGUGUUUCGCUAGGAAGAAUCAACGGCGCAGGAGGUUGUUGUUGUUGUUAUGGAUCAGAUUGGGAGGUUUAUUCUCAUGCCAUGAAAUGAUGUCUCUGUUUUGUUAAGAAGCAGCUGUUCUCGGGAUAGUCUCCUUCUAAGUGGUCGCGCCGUUUUCUUGUCCACGCCUGGAUUUUACUUGGCCUACCUGCGUCUCAUUUCACCAUCUAUGGUGCCUUGCCGUGAUAGCAGCACACAAGGCUGGUACCAACCGGAUUAUGUGAAGAAGGUGGAUUGAUUUACUGUGUUGCAUUUCCUGGUAGCGCGAGGAGUGCAUUGAUUCCUUAUCCUGUCAAUUCACGAGGGAACAGGUUUCUCUCUGUCGGAGGUCGUAUAUGUGGAUCGGGAGGCAUCCCUGAAUGUUUAUGGGUUUGCGAUCUUAGCAGCAUUCGAGGUAGAUAAUACUCGGGACAACAGAGUCUGUCGUGCAGCCGUGGAGAUGAAAGAUCCGGGAAAGGCAGCAUUCAAGAUCUUUACAUUCACAACUACUAUCGAGUGAAACGAAGAUCACUAUUUUAUUUUAUUUUUUAAAAAGUUUUAAUUGGUCGAGCAGAAUGGGUUUCAAGGAUCCGCUGGUACUGCUUCUGCUAUCUUGCAUGUUUUUGGGGCGCACGCUCGAGGUUCGGGCUCAAGGGACAACUACUCCAACGAGCCCUGUGCUACCGGGCUCGAGUUCUGCAUAUGGUGAAUGGAGCGUAGUUGAAAGUCCCGAAGAACGUAUUAGAAAGAAAACUAUUCUCGUGAAUGGGACCUUUUCCUUCAAUCUUAUGAUUACAAGCCAUUCAAGGUUUCCAUGUGUGGCUGCAGUGCAGCAUUCUCCCUCAAACUUAACCGUCUGGGUUGCCAACUUCAAUGGAAGCUUCGAUGGCAGCACGGAUGGUGUGGGAGGAAAUUUGAAUAAUCAACCAUUGGUAUGUAUCCUUCGAUUCUCGGAGAAGGGUGGGUUAGUGCUGACUGCAAGCGACCGGGAGAUAUGGAGCAACUCAAAAGAUGUUCUCAGCAAGGGUUAUUUCAGCGACCUACAACUAGACAGCAGGGGAUGCCUCUCGAUAUCCAAUCGUUAUGUUGAGGAGAAAGAUGCCAUAGUAUGGAAAAGUUUUGACUACCCAACCGAUACCCUCGUCUCUGGACAGAAACUCACAGUCAACUCAUGGAUGACUGCGGCACAAUUGGAUCGGGAGUAUUCUAGUGGAGACAUUUUCUAUAUGCAAGUGACCCCGGAGACUGUGGUCCUAGCUCACGAUUUUAAAAUCAACGGCACUCGACGUGUUCCGUAUCGAACUUUCCCAUCGUUACCACAGCAUUCCAGUAACGGGGAGAGCAUACAGUAUAUUGCAAUGUGGAAUGGACUUGAUGCCUAUGGUGAGAAUGAUAAUAAAUUGUUUUUGCUUUCCAAUGGAAGCAUCGCAAACUUGGAUAACGCACAAUGGGAUUAUGCGAGGUUGGGUUCCGACGGAGGCUUGAGGUUGAAAAAAUACAAUAGUGCAGACACGAAACUGCUGUACCCCGAGAGCGAUGAUAGUUGCUCUCUUCCUGGAAAGUGUGGAUCUUAUGGUAUAUGUACUGGAAACGGCAAGUGUUCAUGCCCUGAAGGUUUUGAUAUCAUCACAGGUAGCUUCAGCUGUCAACGUGCACAUGCUUUACCUGCCAAUGAUAUAAAUGGAUGCUCGGGGGACAGGCUCGUCAAAGUUACUGGCCAAACGUUUUUGGAUAUAUUAAACGAUACCACCGCAAGUGAUUUGAAAGAGUGGGAAUGUGAAAUUCGUUGUAAAAAUAGCUGCAAUUGCACGAUGGCCUUACAUGUGAGAAGGAAUGCGACGACUGAUCUGGGAGCUUGCUUUGUCAACCUUGACGAUGCGGUGCAGACGAUCCACCAGACGGGUAGUAAGGACGACCUCCAAACGUUGUUUUUAAGAAUUAGUACUACUGGUUUGAACCCCGGAUUUGUGCCUAGUCCCGGAUCAGGAACAGGAUCAGGGGGUAGGCCUGAUGCUAAAUCCUCGCGGCGAAGUGUGGCAAUAGCAUUCGCAGGUGUCUUCGGGGCCUUAGUUUUUCUGCUUUUUGUAGGUUCAGCGUGGUGGUUAUACUAUUUGCGUAAAAAGUUAUUCGAGGAAGCUGGGAGAGAGGAGUUUGAUUUAAUACCCCCUCAAUUAGGCCCGCCUCAAUUCACGUACAAACAACUAGUUGAGAGUCCCAGCAACUUCGCCUAGAUGCUCGGCUAUGUCCCGACCGGGCCCUGUCUAGGUUGGUACCCUGUUCGGAAAUACUAAGAUCGCUGUCAAGAAGCUGAAUGACAUCACAUCGUGCAUGAAGGAAAGGAUUUUUCGGUAGCUGUGGCGACUGCGGAAGUCAUCUCUUGUGCGAAUAUGGUGCUUCUGUGGGGGCUCUGCGAGAAGUACAAGCAUAGAAUGCUCAUGGCUAGAGAGACACGAAUGGAGGUGCCCGUUCCCUGUAGUCUUUGUUGCCCACUUUGAGAUUUUCUCUCCGUCGUGGUGACGGUGAUCCGGAUUUGAAUCCAUAUCCCAUAUGCGAAAGCUUGUGAAUCUGUGUUUAGAUAUAAAAAGCCUUAUCAGAAUCUCAUAAGCAGGUGCUCCGGAUUAUGAUAUGUGGUAUUGUGGUGCAAGCAAGUAGACUUCUAUCCUUUCGGCCUUGAUGACCGAGGUCAUGAUGCUGGAAUGCGAAUCCGGUAGUAGUCUUCUCAUGCACUCGGUCUGUUUGCUUGGGAAUCCGGACGUCUGAUGCUGGUGAUCCACCGCAUGAGACUCCCUGUACUGACGAUUGAAAGCGCAAGGGAGCACUGCACACCAGUCUCCACAUCUUCAACGCAGGUCUUCUGUUGGACCACGGCAAAGACAGGACGACCAUGGACAUUGCAUGAGAUAGUAGUUCGUCCCUGGAGCCUCGUGUAGAUCCGUCAGUCAGGAUAGGCGAAAUGGGUACGUUGCUGGUUACCUCCCUGGAGGUGAAAUGUGUUCUGGCUGCAUUCUUUUAGUCCACCAUGAACAAAGGUGGACAGGUUUAGUCUAGGGAUCAUGCAUUUAGUGAUUGUAAGAGGAAUUGAGUAGAUUCGCAGCAGAUGGGACCAUUCUCAAGAAUAUCCAUGAGUUAUGUCACAACACUGAUUGUUGGAGGAUUAGAAAGUGUAAUAAUUCUGAAAGAAUGCAGAGUUACAUCAUUCUCCUUAACCUGACUUCGCUGGAUAUAGGCUUUAUUGGCUGAAUCUUGUGGAGCUCUUGCAUGCUGUGGGAGAGUGCAGGAGUCAUAACAGACGAUAGACUGUAGGGGAAUAUGCUUAUAUUGAUUAGUUGAGCUUUCAAGAAUUAUUUCUACCUAACUCAAACUCUAUUAGCACAGUGAUAUAAAAUUUCCAGUUAGUUGUUUUCUGAUAUUAA